AUGGAGAUUGUUUGUGGAAAAUACCCAGGAGCAAAGUUACCCAUGAGCACCCACGCUCACGGGAGAGCUAAGCUUUUGGCUGGGUGUAGAUAGAAAAAAAUAGUCAAAAUGGUGGUUGGAGCGAAGAGGACGAUCCAUCACGUGCCAAGCAGAGGCAAGAUAUCCAUCAUGAAACUACAAAACUUUACAGAGCAGAAACGACUUCCAGUCCUUCGGAUACUGUACGGGUCGCUCAUGGUGCUACUCAGCUCAAUCAUGAUAUUGAUCGAUCCUGUGCAGCUAGUUACAAAUUGGAUACUCGAUGUGAAAGAAGGAUCGUUUAUAUACAAGACUUGGGAGAAACUCCCGUACCAGCUGUACGCUGAGGUGUGGGUGUAUAAUUACACGAACGUACCAGAAUACCUGAAUGGUGAAGACACAGUACUGAAAGUAAAAGAAGUUGGACCAUUUCUAUACGAGGAGUUCCGAACAAACAGUAACAUCACAGUAGACAAAGAGCGAGGGGUGAUGACAAUGAUCCCUAACAUCCGACUGCAGUUUCUCAGAAACCAGUCCAUAGCUGACACCAAUGACGUCAAUAUCUACGUGCCGAAUAUAGCCUUAUUGGCCAUCAGCACACUGCUAGCUGACCAGCUGGGUUACUUUGCGAACGCGGGCGCCUAUUACUCCAUCAACGCUCUUGGCUCCAAACUGUUCAGAAACUUGACUGUCGAGGAGUUGCUGUGGGGCUAUGAGGACCCGAUCGUCACCAUAGCCAGCAGCCUGCUGCCGGCCUGGAUCGACUUCCAGAAGAUUGGCAUUUUGGACAGGUUUUACGCGUCUAAAGAAGAAACAGUAGAGGUGGAAAUUGCGGAUGAAGAGACCCGGUUUUCGAUCAUCAAUUGGAAUGACUCGCCGGGCAUCGUUGAACAAGGCUUCAAAGAUCUAAACACGAGUAUUCCUUGCAACCGUGCCCGUGGAACAUACGAAGGUAUUAUGAUGAAGAGUCACCUGAAGAAGAACACCACCAUACCAAUACACAGGAGACAAGCUUGUAGAAUCAUACCUUUCUCAUAUCAAGAAGUGGUGGAUGAUAAAUACGGUUUCGAAUAUUAUAGGUAUAUGAUGGAGUCAUCGGCGUUUAACAGCUCAUCUCGUUACGCGUGCAACUGCAAUAAAAACUGCUUGCCCGACGGAUUUGUGGACAUUUCCAAUUGCUAUUAUGGGUUUCCUAUUACUUUGUCAAAACCUCACUUCAUGGAUGCUGACCCCCAGCAGCAAAGUUACUACCAGGGCAUGAACCCGGACCCCAAGAAGCACUCGUCCAUUCUUGAUGUUGAACCUACCAUAGGAGUGCCUUUGGCAUUAUCUUCCAAGAUGCAGGUGAACCUCGCAGUAAGGAUGUCAGCAGGGAACCCGAUAACGAAACCCUUGAAGGAUAAGAUAGUCCCUAUGCUUUGGCUUUCAUUGUACUGCAAAGAACCUCCACCAGAAAUUUUAAGCUUGCUCCGGCUGCGUCUUGUUAUCGGUCCCCCUCUCAUCAUCACCAUUGAAGUUUUACUCUUCGUCAUCGGUUUUACCAUCGGUAUUGUUGGAUUCUACCGUUUCUUGAGGCCUACAUACGAAGUCAUCAACAUCAUCGAUGAUAAGAAACACCCCCACAUUAUCACAGACAGAAAUCUGGUAUCAGAAAACGUUGCUUACGAAAACGAGCAAUUAGCCAAAGAAGCAGUCACUCUAUUAGCAAUUAAGGAAGAUGAUAUACCAAAUGUUUACGUCGACACGUGA